AAGAAAGAGGAAUUUUCUUAACCAUGAAGUGACCUUCUUCUUGUCCUCUUUCGUGACCUUCUUCCUUGUCCUUUCUCUCUCUCUGUUGAGAUCUCUCUGAAAAAAAUUCCAUCAGAUCUUCAAAAAAAGUCACCUCCUUUGACAUUCUUCCUCAAUCUCUCCACAAACCCUAAUCUCAGCCAUGGAUCUCGCUGCAGAAGAGCUUCAAUUUCUCAACAUUCAAGGUAUACUACGUGAAUCCACAACAAUCCCCAAAUUUUCCCCAAAAACCUUUUACCUCAUAACCCUAACCCUAAUUUUCCCUCUUUCCUUCGCAAUCCUCGCUCAUUCUCUCUUUACCCAACCAAUCUUAGCUCAGCUUGAUUCAACUCCUCCUUCAGAUCAAUCUAAAACCAAUCACGAAUGGACCCUUCUUCUUGUUUAUCAAUUCAUCUAUGUUAUCUUCCUCUUCGCCUUCUCUCUUCUCUCCACAGCCGCCGUCGUCUUCACCGUCGCUUCGCUUUACACGGGAAAGCCAGUUUCUUUCUCUUCCACAAUGUCAGCGAUUCCUCUAGUUUUGAAGCGUUUGUUCAUUACCUUCCUUUGGGUUUCUUUAAUGAUGCUUGUGUACAACUCUGUUUUCUUGUUGUUUCUUGUUGUUUUGAUCGUAGCUAUCGAUUUACAAAGCGUGAUUCUCGCUGUUUUCUCGAUGGUUGUGAUCUUUGUUCUGUUUUUGGGUGUUCAUGUUUAUAUGACUGCUUGGUGGCAUUUAGCUAGUGUUGUCUCUGUUCUUGAACCGAUUUACGGGAUUGCCGCGAUGAAGAAGAGUUAUGAGUUGCUUAAAGGGAGAACUAAUAUGGCGUGUUCGAUGGUUUUUAUGUAUCUUGCUCUUUGUGGAAUCACUGCUGGUGUUUUCGGUGGUGUUGUGGUUCAUGGAGGUGAUGAUUUCGGGUUGUUUACGAAGAUUGUUGUUGGUGGUUUCUUGGUUGGGAUUCUAGUGAUUGUGAAUCUAGUGGGGUUGCUUGUGCAGAGUGUGUUUUACUAUGUUUGUAAGAGUUUUCAUCAUCAGCCGAUUGAUAAAUCCGCGUUGCACGAUCAUCUUGGUGGGUAUCUUGGUGAUUAUGUGCCUUUAAAGAGCAGCAUUCAGAUGGAGAACUUUGAUAUUUAAUCGUUAAUGGAUCGGAUGAUGAAGAAGAAGAUAAAAAGAAGCGGUUUUUGCGGUUUGUCAUUGUAAGUUGUAAUGUUUGUAAUUUUCUAUAGUGUUUGUUUUAGCUUUUGCAUAUCUGAAUUAAUUUGGGGAAUAGACUGACUGAUAUUGCAGAUGUUCUGUUCCUUUGUAAUUUCAUAGUGUUUUUGUUCAAUAUUGGAAGAUUAAUGGAAUAAAAUUGUUACUAGACAAUUGUUUGA